AUUUCUUGGAUAUUGAUUUAUUGAUGUGCUAGCUUCUACUACAAUAUUCUUUUUCGGAAUUCUGCUGAAAAUGCGGAAACCUCCUAUGGUCACGUGCGAAUUGGUCUCUUCGCCAGAUAGAAAGACGCUGUUCGCCACUCGAGUCGAUUCCGGGCCUAUAUCGAGGAAAAAAUUCGACGAUUAUGAGAAAUUGUACAGUAAGUUGAAAGACCAUCUUCCUGCUUCGAUUUCAUCACCGCCAAGGAAGAAACUUCUACAAGCGGAGGCAAAAUUACAGGAAAAACGACGGCAUUGGAUUAUUGCAUUUGCGCAAACAGUGCUUUCAACUCAAUAUGAUAAUGAAGAGGUUCGCGACUUCUUUGCAAUUGGGAAUCUCGAUGAUUCCAGUGACUCCCACGUCGACCUUGGGCCCAAAGAAAGAACAACGGCAAAAGCCAGCGAUUUUGAUUUCCUGACAACCAUCGGAAAAGGCAGCUUUGGUCGCGUUUUCCAAGUGAUGCACAAAGAAACUGGGAAGAUCUAUGCAAUGAAGGUUCUUUCCAAAGAGCAUAUAAGAAAGAAGAACGAGGUCAAACAUGUGAUGGCAGAGCUGAGCGUACUGAAGGCAAAUUUCCAUCAUCCAUUCCUGGUGUCGCUACAUUUCUCCUUCCAAAACAAAGACAAAUUAUAUUUUGUACUGGACCAUCUAAAUGGUGGUGAGCUAUUUUCUCAUUUGCAAAAGGAGAAACACUUCUCCGAAUCUAGGAGCCGAUUCUAUGCUGCACAAAUUGCAUCAGCAUUAGGCUAUCUCCACGAUAAUAAUAUUAUCUAUAGAGAUCUAAAACCAGAAAAUUUGCUUUUGGACAAGUAUGGAUAUGUAGUUCUGACAGAUUUUGGUUUGUGCAAGGAAAAUAUGACUCCUACAAGUACCACAUCGACAUUCUGCGGAACACCAGAGUAUCUUGCUCCAGAGAUCAUUCUAAAGAAGCCAUAUAAUGUCUCCGUCGAUUGGUGGUGCCUUGGCUCAGUCCUUUACGAAAUGCUUUAUGGUUUGCCACCUUUUUACUCAAGAGAUCAUAACGAAAUGUACAAUCGCAUAGUAAACGAGCCACUCAGAAUCAAACGAAGCAUCUCUAAUACUUCUACCGAUAUAAUAACAGGCUUCCUGCAAAAAGACAAGAAUAAGCGACUCGGUCACAGGGGUGACUUCGCUGAGGUCAAGGAGCACGAAUUUUUCAAAGUUAUUGACUGGGCGAAACUUAUGCGACGAGAAAUUAAAGCUCCAUUUAUUCCGCGGAUUGAGAGUGAAACGGAUGUACGCAACAUAGCCGAAGAUUUUGUUAAAAUCAAGAUCAAUCCAGAAUCGCUCGAUCCGAGGAAUGUCGCCAUAACCCAACGUGAUCAUGACUUCGUGGAUUUUACGUAUGUGCAGAAGAAUUUGGACAUUUGAACUCUUACAUUAUAAAUAUGUCU